CGACGUUUAGGAAGUGGGGCGAAGUAACGGCAAGUACGGAACGUACCUCGACCUUUGCGCCCACGUGAGACCGCGCAUUCGAGGGAAAACACGCCUCUCCGCGAAGUGCCUCGUGUUCAGUGCCGUUUUCGCCGCAGGUACGCGCAAAAAAAACGCAGCAGGCGACAUGAAUUUUUCGCGGCUACGCCUCGUGACGUUCGACGUUACCGGGACGCUUCUAAAACUGCGCGCCGCGCCCGGCCAGCAGUACGGCGAGGUGGGAGCAAUGUACGGCGUCGUCGCCGACAACAACGCCCUCAUCACCAACUUCAAGGAACAGUUCAGGCGGCUGAGCGCGGAACACCCGAACUUCGGGCUGCGCACCGGCCUCGGUUGGCAGAACUGGUGGAACCGCGUCGUGAAGAACACGUUCGCCGCGUCCAAGAUCGAGUUCGACGACGCCAAGUUGGACGCCGUCGCGCGUCACCUGCUGGAAAUGUACGAGACCACGGCGUGUUGGCAGCACUGCGACGGCGUGCCCGCCAUCUUGUCGUUUCUGCGGAACAGGGGUUUGAGAGUGGGCGUGGUGUCGAAUUUCGACCCGCGCCUCGACACCAUACUGCGCAACAACAAGCUGCGCCAUUACUUCGACUUCGUGCUCGGCUCUUACGAGUUCGGCGCCGAGAAGCCCGACGCGACGAUAUUUCGCAAAGCAAUGGAGGAGGCGGGCGGGAGCGUAGCCGCCGACGAGUGUCUGCACAUCGGCAACAACGCCAAGAUGGAUUACUUCGGAGCGACGCGGUCCGGCUGGCAGUCGGCGCUCGUCUCGGACGUCGACGUGCGCGCGUUGAAGCAAAAGUACCCAGAGUUGGACGAGAAUCACGUCUUCUCGAGCCUCUACCAGCUCCACAAGCGCCUACUAGAAGCCAUAGGCGACAAAUUACCCACCAGCGAUGCCGAUUAGUUUAAUAAAUUUCAAGUCUCUCGCCGUAACUGUUUGUUUUCGAACGCGCCUCGUAGCGCGAUUGAUAUUUCGCGCGAUUUCGCAGACCACGGUUCCUCUUCUUUCCUUUUUUACGGUGCUUUGGGCGCCAUACUAAGGGACAAUCGUCCAUAGAGGGAAAAUGCUAUUUGCGCCCAGCUGGGAAUCUAAGAAUCCUUUAAAUAUU